UCCGCCAUGAUGGCGGCGGCGACCCCGCGGCUGCGGCCGCUGCUACGCGCCCUGAGGGCUCAGAGAUUUCGGGGUCCCGUGUGGUGCUGCGGAGCCCCGGCCGUGAGGGGGGUGGCGAGCGACGCAGGGCAGCCUCCUCCCCCCCCCUCCCCCCCCCCAGAAAUUCCCGAAAUUUUGGGGAAUUCUGUGAAUUUGGGGGAGCCCCGGUUGGAGGAGCUGGGCCUGGGCGGCUCCACCCCCGUGGGAAUGAUCCAGAACCUUCUGGAAUUUCUGCACCUGGACCUGGGGCUGCCCUGGUGGGGAGCCAUCGCUGCAGGCACGGUGGGGGCGCGGGUGCUGCUGCUGCCGCUGGUGCUGCGGGGGCAGCGCGAGGCCGCCCGGCUGGGCCGGCACCUGCCCCAGCUCCAGCGCCUCUCCCAGCGCGUGGCCGAGGCCAAACGGGGCACGGAUCCCAACCAGGUGGCCGUGGCUUACUCGGAGCUGGUGUCGUACCAGCGACGUCACAACGUGAACCCGCUCCGGGGCUUCCUGGUGCCGCUCGUGCAGACCCCCCUGUUUGUGUCGUUCUUCUUCGCCCUGCAGGGAAUGGCGGCGGCGCCGGUGCCGGGGCUGCUGCAGGGGGGGCUGGGUUGGUUCCACAAUUUGGCCGCCCCCGACCCUUUCUACGUCCUGCCCGUGCUGGUCACCGCCUCCACCUGGCUCGUGCUCGAGCUGGGGGCGGAGACGGGCGUGUCGGCGCCGGGGGCGGGGCCUGUCCGUCAAAUCCUGAGGCUCCUCCCCCUUCUCUUCCUGCCCUUCAUCGUUCACUUCCCCACCGCGAUCUUCACCUAUUGGCUGACGUCCAACAGCUUCAGCCUCUUGCAGACCGGGCUGCUCCGAGUCCCCGCCCUCCGCGCCAAACUGGGCGUGGCCCCGCCCCCGGCCACGCCCCCGGCCACGCCCACCGGCGCCACCAAGCAAAGCAAGGGGGGGAUCCUGAAACAGCUGAAAAAAGAGUGGCGCGAGGCCCAGGCCACGCACGAGGCCGAGCAGCGCCAGUGGCGCCUCCGGAACCACCUCAACCUCGCCGCCAAAGGUCCUCUCCGUCAAACUUUCGCUCAAAACCCCCUGAACCCCCCCAAAAUGGCGCCCUCAGAACCCCCAAAAAGGCCCUGGAAGGACACGCUGGGCUGAGGGGGGGAGGGGGCGACCCCCAAAAAAUAAAAAACGCGCGAAAAUAGAA